AUGAUGCUUCGCACGACAUCCUCACGAUCUUUGCUGAGAAGCUUUACCAAAGCUCCAGCUUCAACGGCAAGAUCCAGCUAUAGUGCAGCUUCCUCCCCAUUCCGACAUGCCACUCCCCUCCGCCAAUUGAAUAAUAAACGACCCCAGGUUCUGCUUGCGCUCUCCCGCCCUAGUACUACGAGCUUUUUCUACGCAACAAAGUCUCCUUUCGACGAAGUUGACACAAAAGCCGAGCAGAAAAUCGCAGAGGCAAAGAUCGAGCAAGAUCCAGAUCAUGUUGCAGGUGGAUCCAGUGUUCGACAUGUCUUUGAAGAGGGCCAGGGUGGGAAGGCAGAACCUGACAUGAGCGCUGGCUUGAAAGCAGAUCUCAGGACGAUCAAAGAGACCUUCUCGCUGUCCGGUGUCCCCAAGGAGUCCCUGUACAUCGGUGCUGCAGGAAUCCUGCCCUAUGCAGCAACCUCCAUGUCAACAGUCUUCCUAGCUUUCGACAUCAACCACGCCCAUGCCCACGGAAGUGGUUGGCUCUUCCCCCCAGAGACAGCUCACCAACUGCUUGACAUAGUUAUCCCUAUCCAGAUCGGUUAUGGUGCUGUUAUCAUCUCCUUCCUGGGUGCGAUUCAUUGGGGAAUGGAGUACGCGGGAUUCGGAGGCUACCACAGCUACAGCCGCUACAUGUACGGGGUCAUUGCGCCAGCCAUCGCUUGGCCCACGAUGUUCAUGCCCGUCGAAUACGCCCUCAUCACUCAAUUCCUCGCCUUCAACUUCCUCUACUUCGCAGAUGCGCGGGCGACUUCUCGAGGAUGGUUUCCGGAGUGGUACGGUAUCUACCGAUACGUGUUGACGUUCUUCGUUGGAGCGUCGAUUGUGAUUAGUUUGGUGGGCAGAGGACGAAUCAUCAAGUCGGAUGCGAAUCUGAAGAGUCCUGCCGAUUAUAUCAAGGCAGAUAAGGACGCGCAGUGGGUAGCGCUGGAGAAGGAGGAGAAGAUGAGACAGGCUAAGCUGGCGGAGGAGGAGAAGGAAGAGGAGGAAGAGGAAGAGAUGGAGGAGAGCAAGGAGGGGGAGGAAGUCUCGAAAGAGGAUAGCAAGAGUGACAAGACGAAGAAUGGUGCGCAAGGGAAUAAAUAA